AUGGCCCGACCCAUGGGGGCGGUUCGUCUCAAGAAGACGAAUCCCUUGACCCUCGCGCUCGGAGCGAUCCUGUGCAUCUUCAUCAUCGUCUUCCUCGUCUCCCCGUCGGGCAAAUCCGCAACCGCUCGCCGAUUCGAGUCCAUAACUGCAGAACAUCACCUCUCGCCGCCGACUUCACCGUACCGAAAGUCAAAAUCCCGAUCUGGCGUACCGCUCAAGCCACCACCCGUUGUGCACUACAACCUUAACAAUGUCACCAUUACAACUUCGCCCAUCGCGAACCGAGAAAAUGUCCUCAUCCUAACUCCCAUGUCUCGAUUCUACCCCGGCUACUGGGACAAUCUUUUGCGCUUGACUUAUCCUCAUGAACUCAUCACAUUGGGGUUCAUCCUACCCAAAACCAAGGAGGGCAACCAAGCCACCACCGAACUCCAAGAGCACAUCCACAAGACGCAAAAGCAUGGCCGUGAGGGUGACAAAUUCAAGAGCAUCAUUAUUCUUCGCCAAGAUUUUGAUCCUGCUAUUGUUUCGCAGGAUGAAGCCGAACGCCACAAGCUUAAAAACCAGAAGGCCCGUCGCGAGGUUAUGUCGAAGGCCCGGAAUUCACUACUGUUCACGACUCUCGGACCCGAUACCUCCUGGGUCCUGUGGCUAGAUGCCGACAUCAUUGAGACCCCCACAACCCUGAUCCAGGAUCUCGCCUCGUUCGAUAAGCCGCUCAUUGUCCCAAACUGCUUCCAGCGAUAUUAUGACGAGGAACAUAAGCAAAUGGCCGAGCGGCCAUACGAUUUUAACAGCUGGCAAGACAGCGAAACAGCACUGGCACUCGCUGCCAAGAUGGGACCCGACGAAAUUCUUCUCGAGGGCUACGCUGAAAUGCCAACAUAUCGAAUGCUUAUGGCAUACCUGGCUGUUGAAGGCGGUGACCGUAAUCUGGUCAUCCCACUUGAUGGAGUUGGAGGCACUGCGCUUCUAGUCAAGGCAGAUGUGCAUCGCGAUGGUGCCAUGUUCCCUCCCUUCCCCUUCUACCAUCUUAUUGAGACUGAGGGAUUCGCCAAAAUGGCUAAGCGAUUAGGCUGGCAGCCAUAUGGCCUGCCCAAUUACAAGGUCAGCCAUUUCUCUGUUGCAGCCAAGAUCUGGCACUAA